AUGAGUGACACUAGAAAGCGAAGCAGCAUCUGGCUGCAGUUUAAAGAUAUUGGGAACAAGAAAGCAGAGUGCCUUCACUGCAAAACGAAGGUCACUAUAAGAGCAGGUUCCACCACAAACCUGCAUAGACAUACAAGAACUGUCCAUCCUACAGUGCAGUUAGAGGAGAGAGGGCAAGCCAGCUCACCAUCUACUGAUCCUGGUGUGUCUCAUACCAGAACAACAGCUGCUGUAACGUCUACUGCCAUCCCCAUGCGUGCAAGUAUAACCUCUCCUACUGCAACUCAAAGCAAAAUAAGUCAGUUUUUACCUAAACUGAUGACCCCAGCCAAACAGCACAGUAUUGAUGAUGAGUUGGCUAAAAUGGUAGCUUCUGAUUUUCAACCCUUUUCCAUUGUGGAGGACAAAGGAAUGAAAAACUUUGUCAAAGCCCUAAAUCCCACAUACACUCUACCCAGUAGAAAAACACUUUCCCAAACAAUGAUCCCAAAACUAUAUGACACAGAACGUGCAUUAUGGCAAGAAAGGGUGACAAAAGCUCCAUCAGUUUGCCUGACAACUGACUGCUGGACCUCCAGAACAACCUGCUCUUUCAUGUCUGUCACUUGCCACUUUAUUGAAGAUUACAAGAUGACAUCUUGCCUUCUGGACUGCUUCGAGUUCACCGACAGACACACUGCAGAAAACUUGGCAGUGGAGCUACUAAGAGUGGCAAAAGAGUGGCAAGUAGAGGACAAAGUGGUGUGCUGUGUGAGUGAUAAUGCUGCAAACAUCACCAAAGCCAUAAAAGUUUUGAAGUGGACCCAUCACCCAUGUCUGGCGCAUACACUAAACCUGGUGGUUAGAGAUGCUCUGAAGGUGAUCAAAACAACCGUGGAUAAGGUGAAGGCUGUUGUGGAGUUUUUCCACAAAAGCACAGUAGCAGCACAGAAGCUAAAGUCCACACAGCGCCAAAUGGGGAUUCCUGAACUGAGGCCCAAACAAGAGUGUGCCACCAGGUGGAACUCAACAUUUGAUAUGUUGAAACGAAUGCUUGAAAUAAAAGAUGCCAUCAUCUCCACCCUGGCCCUCAUCAACGCAUCUAUUGAGCCAUUAAGCCAAGAGGAAUGGGAGCUGGUGAAAGAGGUCUGCGCCGUCCUGCAACCAUUCCAGGAGGUGACUGUGGAGAUAAGUGCAGACAGCUAUGUCACAGCCUCGAAAAUGCUCCUGCUUUGCAAAGGUCUGCAGCUGGUGACAGCCGAGAACCAAUGGACAGUAACUGUGCAGAAAGUGAAGGAAUUAGUUGCAGCUCUUUGUUCAGCCAUGGACCGCAAAUUUCUGCGGAUGGAGUACAACACUGUCCUUUCAGAAACUACCUUAUUGGAUCCAAGGUUUAAAAAACUUGCCUUCAGUGAUCGUAGAGCUGUUGAUGAAGCUCUUCAGAGGAUUAGUGCAGCAGCAGCAGCAAAAUGCACCCCCAGCAGCCAGCCAGCUCCACCAUUACAGGGCCAAGUGGAGGAGGAGCAGCAAACCUCUGCUGUUUGGAGGCUUUUUGAUGACAGAGCUACAGGAGAUGCUUCAAGGAGAAAUCCGACAGCUGAUGCUAUAAUGGAGGUGAGGAGCUACCUUGAGGAGCCCCUCAUCCAGAGAGCAGAAGACCCACUGAGCUGGUGGCAGGCCAAGGCCUCAGUCUUUCCACUCCUGGUGAAGGUGAUGGAGGGGAGACUAUGUAUUGUUGCCACAUCAGUUCCUUCUGAGAGAAUCUUCUCCAAAACAGGGCAGAUACUCACGGAGAGGCGAAAUCGUAUCAGGCCUAUCAGCCCAUCCAAGCUGAGGCAUCUGAUCUUCCUGAAUGCCAACCUGCCCUGA